AUGACUUCAUGUCCCUUUGCACAUCAGGGGUUUGUGGAGUCGAUGAAGCUGAUCCUGGGAGGGUCCAUGAGCCGCGUCGGGGCCCUGAGCGAGUGCCCUUUCCAGGGAGACGAGUCCAUCCACAGCGCAGUGACAAGCGUGCUGGCCUCCAUCCUGGGUGAGCAGACCAAGGCGCUGGUCACGCAGCUGACCCUCUUCAACCGGGUCCUGACCGAGCUGCGCGAAGACAUUAGGGACCAGGUGAAGGAGAUGUCUCUGAUCCGCAAUACCAUCAUGGAGUGCCAGGUCUGCGGCUUCCACGAGCACCGGUCCCGCUGCAACCCCAACCCCUGCUUCAGCGGCGUGGACUGCAUGGAGACGUACGAGUACCCCGGGUACCGCUGCGGGCCUUGCCCCCCGGGGCUGGAGGGCAACGGCACACACUGUGCCGAUAUCGAUGAGUGCGCUCACGCCAACCCCUGCUUCCCUGGCUCCAAAUGCAUCAACACGGCCCCCGGCUUCCGCUGUGAGCCCUGUCCCCGUGGCUAUCGGGGCAACACCGUCUCUGGCGUGGGGGUGGACUAUGCGAGGGCCAGCAAGCAGCUUUGCACGGAUAUCGAUGAAUGCAACGAUGGGAACAACGGGGGCUGUGACCCCAACUCCAUCUGCACCAACACGCUGGGCUCCUACAAGUGUGGUCCCUGCAAGUCGGGGUUUGUGGGGAACCAAACGUCCGGCUGCGUCCCGCAGAAGUCCUGCAGCACUCCCACCUCCAACCCCUGCGACAUCAACGGCUUCUGCCUGUUUGAGAGGAACGGUGAAAUUUCCUGCGCUGUGAAGGGCUUGUCCCUUGAUGCUGAUGCCCUCAAGAUCAGCAGGCCAGGGCUUGUGGCUCUGGGAUGGUCUUCCUGGAGGAGACAUCCCCCCCCCGACCCCUGCAGGACUGCGGCUUCUUGUCUGCCAGGUGCUGCAGCAGGGACAUCCCUGUCCUCUUCCCCACAGGACAACUGCCGGCUCUUCCCCAACAAAGACCAGCAGAACUCGGACACUGACUCCUUUGGGGACGCCUGUGACAACUGCCCCAACGUGCCGAAUAACGACCAGCGGGACACGGACAGCAACGGCGAGGGGGACGCUUGCGAUAAUGACAUUGAUGGGGACGGGAUCCCCAACAUGCUGGAUAACUGCCCCAAGGUGCCCAACCCUCUGCAGACGGACCGGGAUGAGGAUGGCGUCGGGGACGCCUGUGACAGUUGCCCCGAAAUGAGCAACCCCACUCAGACAGAUAUGGACAGCGACCUGGUAGGAGACAUCUGUGACACCAAUGAGGACAGCGAUGGGGACGGGCAUCAGGACACCAAGGACAACUGUGCCGAGAUCCCCAACAGCUCCCAGCUGGACUCGGACAACGACGGGCUGGGGGAUGACUGUGACAACGAUGAUGACAACGAUGGCAUCCCAGAUUACACGGCACCUGGGCCAGACAACUGCCGCCUCAUCCCCAACCCCAACCAGAAGGACUCGGAUGGGAAUGGCGUGGGUGACGUGUGCGAGGAGGACUUUGACAAUGACACGGUGGUGGACCAGCUGGACGUGUGUCCCGAGAGUGCCGAGGUGACGCUGACCGACUUCCGAGCCUACCAGACCGUCAUCCUCGACCCCGAGGGGGACGCCCAGAUCGAUCCCAACUGGGUUGUCCUCAACCAGGGCAUGGAGAUCGUGCAGACCAUGAACAGUGACCCAGGCUUGGCUGUUG